AAAAGCCGUUAGAUAGCGGCUCGCGGAAAAGAGUGGAGUCGGAUCCGCGGAGUCGGAUCCGCGGAAUCGGUGCGCGGAGUCGGUCUGAGCGGACACCUGAAAUGGCCGCGUGACGUCACAUAUCGGACGAUGUAAACGUCUGAGGAGAAUAAAGUUGAUUUAGUUUCGGUUUAGUUAUUUGUAAUAAUGGACGAGUAAACAGAGGUAGAGGUGUGAGUCUAAUCCGUGUCUGUUCGGUUCUUCUUCCGAGCCGAAGCCUGAGUCUAUCAGAGGCUGACUGAGGGGGUGUGUUGCCCUGAAAAAAUAGUCUUAGACCUUAGUUGUCUUUUCUUUAUAAUACUAAGAGCAUUACGGAUUUAAUACACCUGAAUUGUAUGUGCAGGUUUGAGUGAAUCCUUCUUAUUUAACAGAGACUUGUAUACUUACUUUGUAUCAGAUGCAGAAUUGUUCAGAAGGCUUUACAGUGUUACAGACUGUGUCCUGACUGUGUGGAGCUUUUUCUGUCUGGUCAUGUUGGCUUCCAGUGACUGUGAUAAGUCUGUCGUGUUAUCAGCCAUUUUGUGUCUCAGCAUGUAUAAUAUGUGUAAUAAUACUUCUCUGGUUUCAGAUUUUUUGAGCGCCUGAGCCUACUGUUAAUUCCGGCCUGUUGGAACAGAGAGAGAGACACAGAGAGAGAGAGAGAGAAAGAGAAGGAGAAAGCGAGACAGGGAGAGAGACAGAGAGAGGAGAGACAGAGAGAGAGAGAGAAGGAGAGAGACAGAGAGAAAGAGAAGGGGAGAGCGAGACAGGGAGAGAGAGAGACAGAGAGAGAGAGAAGGAGAGAGACAGAGAGAAAGAGAAGGGGAGAGCGAGACAGGGAGAGAGACAGAGAGAGAGAGAGACAGAGAGAGAGAGACAGACAGAGAGAGACAGACAGAGAGAGAGAGACCGAGAGACCGAGAGAGAGAAAGAGAGACAGACAGACGAGAAAGAGAGACAGACAGAGAGAAAGAGACAGACAGACAGAGAGAGAGAGAGGGUGAGGGCACAACAUGGCAGCUGUGAAGUCCCAGGCAGGAACUGGGGCCAUGCAUUCGGCAACAGGGCGAAGAAAUGGCGGUCUGGUCAGACAUUGUGUUCAAGAGAAAGGAGACAUAAAGAAACACAGGAAGAACUCCGACUUACGGUCAUCGGUGGGUCUUAGGGAAGCGUGGCCUGCCAAUUUGGAGCAAACAAACGCCGUCCUUUUCUUACAGUCUUCCAGGGUUCACCUGCCAUACCGGAGUCCUGAAUCGGUAGACAUGGAUGAGAUCAUGGCUGCAAUGGUCCUCACCAGUCUGUCCUGUAGUCCAGUGAUCCAGAGCCCCACACAGAGAGACUCCUGUCCACAUGAUCCGCUGGAUAUGGAGUGCGGUGGAGGGGAACUGUCGGACGGCGGCAGCAGCGGCUACUGGAGCUGGGAGCAAGGCAGCGUCAGUCCUGUUCCCUCGCCGUCCGUCACCGAGACAGACGGCAGCAUGGGGCAGCUGGGAGACGAGGGGCUGCACAUGGAGCCGGAGCUGGGGGCAGGUGACGAGCUGGAGAGCAGGUGGUGCAAGAGUUCGAGCAGGGAAGCGUACAGGUGUUUGUGGCCAAGCUGCGGAAAAGUGCUGACGUCACGCGUUGGGAUGAAACGUCACAUUCGCAUUCUUCAUCUCGGUGGAGCAGAACAAACUCAUAGGGAAGAAGAUUUCUAUUACACCGAAGUAUCAUCAGAGGAAGAGGAACCGACGCCUCCGUCUCCUUCUCUGUCGUUCACUUCGUGUAGCUCCACCCGCAGCCAGCCCACUUCCAGAGGAGCCCCACCCUCUUCUAGUGCCUUCAGCCAAUCCGCUCCCAGCAGUGUGUGGCAGAUAUACACGGAACAUCUCUACCAGGCUUGUGCACCCAAUGAGACCAUAACCCCAGACUGUCCUUCCUCCUGUGACUGGACUUCAGCUGGACUUCUGAGACCUCAGAUCAGAGUGUCACGUAGCCGUUCUGUCAGCGUGGGUGAGCAGUGGCCACAACAGAGCAGCGUUCCCACCAGAUCACACACCAUCAGCACGUCACCAUCCCGAGGCCACUGCUCUAUCCGGAAAGGUCGAGGCGAGGCCAAAAAGUGCCGUAAGGUAUACGGAGUGGAGCGUCGGGAUCAGUGGUGCACCGCCUGUCGCUGGAAGAAAGCCUGUCAGCGCUUCCCUGACUAAAAAAAAAAAAAACUUUUUAAAGCAAGCAAGAAUUUCAGUCUUUCCUUUUUUUUUUCUCUUCUUCUUUUUUUUCACUGGACGACCACUGGCACUGUAGAGUACCCCUCUUUUUACCUUUUCUACCUGUUUUCCAAAACAAAUAUUUGUAGGAUCCUGUUGUGUGACGUCGAGCCCUGGCGAUGAGACGACGAAACCCGGUACAGUCCUGAUCCCUUUUCUUUUUUCAUGCACUUCAUCUGCUUUUGUGAUUAUUUAAGUCAGUGUCAGUUUAUUUAGUGACCAUCUGAACAUUGGCUUUGUUUGUUUUUUUUUUUUGUUUGUUUGUUUUUCUGUUGCUGUUUUUAUAUCCUGAAAUGUGUACUAGCAACAGGAAGUUUAUUGUGUUUCUACGGAUUUGAUUUUUCUUUUGUUUGUUUGUUUGUUUGUAUGAUUGUUUUUCACGUUUCACUUUCGCUCACGUAACAGCGCUUCCUAAUCAAGUCAUUUCCACACACGAGGCUAUAACGAUAUCCUUAAUGUUAUAUCCAUGUAUCGAUUUGCACUGAUGGAUUACCAAAGUGCUGUUACAAGCCCCUUGUCAUGUCAUGAUGUGUAACAGUAUUACGUUUUUGUUUGUUUGUUUGUUUUGUUGUUGUUGUUGUUGAAUCUGAUAUCACACACCCAAAGUGUUACAGACGAUUAAAACACACUUUAUACAUUACGCACGACGGAAAAGCCCACGGUUGCACGACAACGCACAAGAGAAAUAGUAAACUAUUUUAUUGAUAUUUUAUGUGCACUUUUAUGUACAACUCGAACAGAAAAAAAAAAUCACUUUGGAAAAAAUAUUCCUGGAAUGUAAUGUGUUUUGAAGUAUACAUUUUCCACAAAGCCAAAAGAGACAUACAGUAAAGGAAGAACACUGUCAUGGACACAGACCUUUUACGCCAAUUCCUUGUGGUGGUGUUAUAUUUUUUUCCUCUUGGCAGACCACUUUCCCAAACAUUUUUAAACAAAAUGUUCCUUUUUUUUUUUUUCUUUCUUUUUUUUUUUUUUUUUUUUUAAAGGAAUACUUGAAUGAGAAAAAAAUAUAAUUGCUAAAGCUAAAUAUUACCGCACAAGUCGAAGCAUAGAGAAGGCAAUCUUAGUCUCUUAAUUCUUGCUUUUAUUUGAUUUAUUAUCUAAUGGACUCUGGGCAGGCUUUUAUUCACCUCAGGGGUCAUGCUGUGUGCUCAUGUUUAUGCUACAACUCCAACUACAAAAUCCAUCUAGAUCAGGACUCAAAUGAAAAAACAAAGUGCGCGUGCGUGUGUUUGCGUUGUAUGUGUGUGUGUGUGUGUGUGUGUGUGUGUGUGCGUGUGUGUGAGCUUUAGAGGGCAGUAUUACUCUAUGGGUUUAUUGUCAUUUCUUCCAGGGUCAAACGAUUCAUACUCUAGUUGUAAGAUGAUGUGUGUAAAAUGGCUCCUUAAUCGACACACAGUGUUUCACAGGUGUUUAUAUGUCUAAUCGGUCAGACGUGCGAUAUCUCGUCUGACACACGAUGUAACUAACAGCAGUGUUCUAGUAUAAAUUGUAAAGCUGCAUUUUUUUCCACCUGCUGACGUUGGACAAUUAAAUGAUUCGACUGA